GACGCCGCUAAUAACUACGCGCGCGGUCACUACACCAUCGGCAAGGAGAUCGUCGACGUCGUGCUGGAACGCACUCGUAAACUCGCUGACCAGUGCACCGGUCUGCAGGGCUUCCUGAUCUUCCACUCGUUCGGAGGCGGUACGGGCUCGGGUUUCACUUCGCUGCUUAUGGAGCGUCUCUCUGUUGAUUACGGCAAGAAAAGCAAGCUCGAAUUCGCCAUUUAUCCUGCACCUCAGGUGUGA